AUGUGGCGCAGGACCUACUUCCUGCUGAUUCUCGUGCGCAUCUACUUUGCCCUGUCGCCGAGCUAUCUGCACCCGGAUGAGAACUUUCAAGGUCCUGAGGUAGUCGCAGGUCGCGUCUUCUCGUAUCCGGUACACGAAACUUGGGAGUUCACGUCGGCGAAUCCCAUCCGCAGCACCUUCCCGCUAUGGCUCGCAUACGGCUGGCCCAUGUAUAUACUGCGUUGGCUCUGGGAGGGCUUCGGAUAUGGGGAAGUCUCGCCGUCUGUCGUCUACUGGACGCUGCGUGUGCUGAUGCUCUCGCUGAGCGUUGUUCUUGAAGACUGGGCAAUACAAGAAUUGGUGCAGUCGCGGCGCGCCCGACGCGUCGCUUUGCUGCUGAUAGCUUCGUCGUACGUGACGUGGACAUUCCAGACGCACACCUUCUCGAAUAGCCUGGAGACGCUCGUUGUCAGCUGGAGCUUGGUGUUAAUCCAGCGCAUUGUGGAAGACAAGAAGCGCUCCGGCAUCUUAGCUUCAUCAUUGCUGGGCUUCUUUGUUGUCGCAGGCACCUUUAACCGUAUCACCUUUCCCGCCUUCCUGGUCGUGCCAUCCUUCAGCCUGCUGCCUCACUUCUGGAGAAAACCAUUUUCACUUAUAUUCAUAAUCCUCUUUGCGACCUUGACAGCGUUCCUUGCGAUAAGUGUCGACACGGCAUUCUAUACCCCAGGCGACUUGACAUUUGCAAGUGUGCUACAUAAUCCGGUCAUUACGCCACUCAACAAUUUCCUAUACAAUUCUGACUAUGCGAAUCUGGCCCAGCAUGGCCUCCAUCCUUACUACCAGCAUUUCCUUGUCAAUCUCCCCCAGCUACUUGGUCCGGCUACCGCUCUUCUCUUCCUUAUCAACCGUUCACAGAUCACCAUGAGCUUGGUCUCCGCAAUCUCUGGCAUCGCCCUCCUCAGCAUCUUUCCACACCAGGAAGCUCGGUUCUUACUUCCUGCUGUUCCGCUGAUACUUGCGUCUGUCUCUCUCCCGAGGGUUCAAAGGAGGUUUUGGAUAUCAGCUUGGGUUCUGUUCAACGUUGUCCUCGGUGUCCUAAUGGGCAUUUACCACCAGGGUGGAAUUGUACCUGCACAAAUGUACAUCGCAAAGACGAACGAGACAGUCAGUCAUGCGUUUUGGUGGAAAACAUAUAGCCCUCCCAUCUGGCUUCUGAACGGCAAGAACGAGGAACUGAAGACCAUCGAUCUAAUGGGUAUGCCCGGAGACGAGAUGCUCGAACAGGUGGGCACCGCUCUCCCAACCUGCCGCACUCGUAGACCCCCAAAACUCGUGGACAGAGCAGCAGUCUAUCUCGUCGCACCACGAUCGACCGACUUCCUGCAUCCAUACUACGAUCUCAGCGAACAACAGGAUAUCUCCCUUAAAGAAGUCUGGAGCUACCGACGACAUCUUAAUCUUGACGACAUGGACAUACCCAAAGACGGGUUUUGGAAGACUAUGGGCCGUGUUAUUGGCGACCGCGGACUGGUCGUCUGGCGCGUGACGAGGAACUGCUGGUCCAAGCAGUCGUCAUCCAGCCCCUAA